AUGUUAAGUAAAUCGUCAACUUUUCAUGUUUCAACGCGACACGUCUAUGAGCAUGAAUUAAAGCACCUUCCAUAUCACCAAAGUCAAAACCAUCGAUCACAGAAACAGUCAGAGGUCGACGAUCCAACUCCCCAUUCAAAUCAAUACACUAAACAUAAUCAGCGUCAAGUUUUAAAUUCGAAUAUGUUCCGAUCGGAAAUCAUGUUUAAUUCUAAAGUAAGUAGAUCACUACAUAUUGAUGUUAAUACUAUUACUAACAAUAAUGUAAGCAGUAUCUCACCUACAAAUUCAUGUUUUACUAUUUCUUCAAAUGAUAAUCAUAUCGCUUGUGAAUUAAACGAUAUUAGUGAUAUUGAUGAAGAGAUCAUUGAUGAUAAUGAGUCUGAAAAUGAUAUUGAUGAUGAUAGUUUCUAUAAUAAAGAUGAAGUCGAUGAAUUAUUCUUUUUCAUACCAACUGUAUCUUCUAAUGAGGUAAAUUAUGGGAACCAAUUAAAACAGCAACAAUCUAUUCCAUUCACACAAAACACAAGUCAUAUACAUCAAUUGUACGAUGAUUCACUCAAUUUACAAGUCUCACCAAAACUUCCAAGUUUAAAAGAACGUAUAACUCGUACACAAAACAUCUGGUGUCUACCAAAUUUAAGUAGGAUAGAAUCCGAAAAAUUAUUGGAGUUUGCUGAAAUUGGAAAUUUCAUCGUUCGUGUAAACCAACAAAAUUCAAGUAUGGUACUCACUCGUGUUUGUCCACCAACAACAGCGAUACGUUCACUCAAUAAAAUUAACGGUUAUUUACAUGCUAAACACAAAGACUACAUUGAAGACAACUACAACAAAAAUCAACAUCACAAUGUUUAUUUACCAAUCAAACAUAAUUUGAUUGAAAUACUUCCUCAUGAUGGUUAUUGUUUGACUGGAGAUAAGAAAAUGCGUUUAAUAUUCAAAAGUUUGAUACAUUUAUUAGAAUUCUAUUUACUUGUUCAAGUAAGCAACCGUGGAUCAUUCCUUCGUUUACCAUCGGCAAUUUGUCAAGCAAAAACUACGCAGGAACUUGACCAAAUUAAUAAACAGGGGAUAAAAUUUUGGAAAUCAACCAAUAAUUGGAAUGUUGACUAUAAACCAUUUUUAAAAAAUCCAUUCCUUCCUAAUUCACAAUUGUUUACUUCACAAAAUUCAAUGAAAUCAUACAAAUUAAUAAAUCAACAAGAUAGUAAUAUGUCAGUUAAUCAGAUAUCACAACAACAGACACGAGAAUAUCCACGUUGGAGACAAAUGAAUAUCAUUUGUAAUAAAAAAGAUAAUAAGCUGACAACAACGACAACAACACCACGUAUACGCCCGAGAGCAAGUUCAGUAAAUGAUCGUUCAACACAACAUCAUUAUGAAACAAAAUUAAAACAUAAAGAAAUUGAGAAGCCCAUAAAUAUGAAUAAUAAUAAUAAAAUUAAUCAUGCAGAUAAUUUAUUUAAAACAAUGAAACAAAGAUUAGAUUUUAGAAAUAAUUAUUUACAUAAAACGAAUGAUAAUAAUAGCAAAGUAGAUCGAUUGUCAUUAGAAAAACAUUCUUGUCAACAGAUUACAAAUAUUCUAUCACCAUCAUCAUCAUCAUCGUCUUCUUCAAAUGUUCCCAUAAUUACUACAACUAUUCAGAAAAUAUCUCCUUUAAAUAAAACUAAUAAAAUUAAUGAAUCCAUUGAAUGUUCUUCUCUUCGAUUAAAUCAAAAUCGACGUCAUCAAAAUGGGAACUUUUCAGGUCGAUCGUUUAAAGAACCAUUCUUCAACCUGACAUAUCAAUUUGUGCAAUGGUUGUCGUUGGAAAUCAUAUUAACAAAAAAACUAUGCAGUCUUGGAACUCAAAAUGUUUCUCAAGCUACAAGUCCAACUGUUGAGACACAUGCAUGGCGUUCAUGGAAUCCGAACCAAAAUACAAAACAUCCUAUGAACAUAACCAAUACAUUCACCGGGGUUAAUACUUCCAUCAUCAUUACCACCACUACUACCGCUGCAAAUACCGACACUAAUAAUCAAUCACAACAGGGAAAAUUAUUCACUUCAGCUUUUCAUUUAAACAGCACAUCUUGUGAACCAACAAAAACAAGUACUCGUAGUAAAGGUAACACUGAGUAUCAUGAUUUAAACUUUCCAAUUGAAAUUGUCAACUCACAAGAUAAAAAGCGUCAAUUGAAACAUCAAAUCUCAUUACCAUCAGAUAGAUCCCAUUUGACAUCAGAUGCAUAUGAUAAACAAUUUGUACUUAAGACUCACCAAACAACCAUACAGCCUGUAUGCAUGAAUCUGGUAAAUGAUAGUGUAGGGAAUUCAACCACUAAUGCUAUGAAGUGUAAUCCCAUUGUACAUACAACAAGUAAUACUAGUCAUACUACUAAAAACUGUGCUGGUAGUAUAUGCAACGAUUUAAAACUUCCAAAUUACUUUACACGUAUUCUAAAUACUAAUCAUUAUAAUGAUACCGUGAAUUACCAAGACACUGCAACUAAUCCAAUUUAUUCAAGUGGAUGUUUGAACAACGAGCUAAGAGUUGACACUAGUUUUAACUAUUGUGAUACUAAUGAUAAUAGAGAUGAUAAUUUACAGUUUAAUGGAAAAGAAACUGGUAAUAUCGACAAAACAUUAUCGGAUUACGAUGCAUUAGUGGAUCAAGAAAUAGGAGGCUAUAAAAAUACAAGAUAUUCAUUAGAUUUGAAUGAUUUGGCAACACCUCAAACAGUUGGACAUGUAUUUGUUAUGAAAGCUACAGCUUAUCCUAUAGAUGAAUAUAAUUUUUCAUUGAAUCCACCAAUUGAUUCUUUAAACAAUAAUUUCUCUUCAAUUUCAUUGAAAUGUUCAACAACAACAUCAACAACAACCACAGUAUCAGGAGCAUGUUGUGCAAAGUUGAAAAAAGACAUAUUAUAUCAAGACAAUCAUACUCCAGGAACAAUAACCACAACGUCAACAAUAAAUGAUACAUGUAAACAUAAGAGUAAUAACAAUAUAUCUGAACCUUUGCAUACAAGCAAUAAACCAAAAUUAAGACGCGCAUAUUCGCUGAAAAAACAAUCAUCAUCAACAUCUAAGCGAACACAGCCAUAUGAAGAUUUAUUAUUGUUUAAUGCAAAUUUGAAUGAGAAUAAUAAUAACACCAACAACAGUUUGGACAAUGAUGGUAAUAAUGACAGUUAUAAUCGUAGGCAUAGAUUAUUAUUUCUAGGGGAAAGUUCAACAUGUUUACGCAAUAACAUAUUGCCUACAGAUAAGAUUGAGAAAAUUACUAGAAUGUACGAUGAAAACGAGGCGGAUACAACACAUAGACAGAAAACAGUUAAAACAAUUUCUGAAAAUAAUCAUCGACCUACUCAUUCAUCAUCACCGCCGUUAUCAUCCAAAGUAGUCAUGCAAAAACUGGACGAAAUAAAAAAUGACUCAUCCACGUAUCAACCGGUCACUAAAAUUAUUUAUCCAAAAACAUUGAAUAGUCAAAAUAAUUAUCACCCAGACUUAGAGACAUCAGAUGUUACUGAUACAUUUGUAAAUCCUUAUAAUAAUUCCAAGAAAUAUGAUAUACUACAUGGAGAUCAUACAAUUUGCUUUGAAACUGAUAUGGAAUUAAAUAAGAAUUAUUUCCAAGAUAUUGAACAAAAUUCAAAAGUAAAGAAAUUAACCAUGUCAACGGCUAUAACGAUGACGGCAACGACAACAACAGCACCGAUAUCAGAAACUGUAACAAAAUCAGUUAAUUCUGAAUGUCCAACACUAACUUUGUUGUCUGCUCCAAGGAUAUCACUGCCUCAUGAGAUUUAUCAAAGUGAACAAAAUGUUUGGGAUAAAAGUUCAAACAAUUCCCAACAAAAUAAAAGUUUAAAACUUGACUCUAAUACAUCAUCACCUGGAGCUAGUAGUCGAGCUAGUACUGUAUUUUGUCCACCAUGGGAUACUGCCCCAAUUGGUCCAUAUAUUGCAGAUUUAUUAAAAUUAAAUCCACCGUUCUCAUCAACUCUUGAUGAUUUACAACAAUUUCCUAAUGCUUAUCACUCUAAUGAUUAUAAUUCCAAUAAUCUUAAUAACAGUAAAAUUCAUUCACAAUCAAGGAAUACACAUUAUCAACGUAAAGAUUCUACACGGAGUCGUAGUAAAACAUUAUCUAGUGUUGAACAUCAACUAUUGAUUGGAAAUUUACUUACCGACUAUAAUAAUAAUUAUUGUUCUUCGUCUACUGCGACAACAACAACUACUACUGAUAAUAAUCCAGUAAUUUCACCUUCAUCACUAUUAAAUAGUAAUAAUAAAACUGAUAUGUCUAAUCUUUUCGGUCUGUGGGAACAACAACAACAAAAUCAGUCGAACAAUAGAGAACUGAAAGAGUUGUCAUCAACAUCACUAGGAAAUAUGAAUGAGUUUUUUAAAAGUUUACAAAAUGAUUUUUUAACUGAAACGACAACAGCGGUUUUGGAAACAUCAACGACGACGCCGACGACAGUGACGAUGUCAGCAGCAGCAACAACAAAAUCGUUAACAAUGAAGGAUGAUAGUGAUAAAUUGUCACCACCACUUCCAGUGAGAAGUAAACGUGGACUAAAUGAUCCUUAUUCACUUGUUAAUGUAUCAAAAAAUAAUUCAUUAGAUUACAAAUUACAUUCAUUUAUUGAUUUUACAGAUGACAUUAGUCCAUAUGCUGUAACUGCCUGUCAUUCAAUGAAUUAUAAUAAUAACAAUAAUAAUAAUACUAGUAACAAUUCAGUACAAGAUUGUUCAUGUCUAACAUCAAGCGAAUUACAAACUUCUUCAUCUCAUAUAACGAGACCAUUGAAUAAUCAUCAUAUUCAUAGUAAACUUCGUGAUGAUAAUAAUGGUAAUAAAAAUGUAGAUGAUAGAAGCAAUAUUAACAUCAAUACCACUACCAAUACUACCAGUAACGGUGCUACAAUCGAUAAUCACAAUACCAAUUACAGUGUAACUAAUAAUGCGGAUAGUACUACUAUCGAAGAACUGAUACCGUACGAUUAUUCCUUGUCAAAUAAAUCACUACCUUUAGAUUGCUGCCAGAAUCCAUUAAAUAGUUCAUUGGAUAGUACUACAAGCCAUGGUAAAAUAUGGCCGGAUAAUUAUGUUUAUGCUCAAGUACUACCAAAACAUUUACGCGAUCAAGUUCAAUUCACUGAUAUCAAUUCAUUUGAUCAUACAAUCACAUUUCGAUCAGAUCCGUUCAAUGAUAUGCCACAAAUGGAAUUUAACAAUUUAAAAACUCUUGAACAUAUAUCAUUAAAUAAAAAAGAUGAACUAACUGAUAAGGAUUCAUUUACACAACAAUGUAUUGCACCUUUAUCAAUUGGUGAAUCAUUACAAUCUUCAUCAUCUACUAAUUCAUUAGCUUCAUCAUUUGAUUCAAAAACAUCACUUUCUUCAUGGAAUUCUUCAGAAUCUUAUUCACAAAUACCUAGUAAAUCAGAACAAUAUCAUUUACCAUUGAAUACAAAUAUGAAUAAUAAAUUCAUUCAUUCAAUAAAUACAAGCCAAUUGAAUUUUGAAAAAGCUUCAUUAUUAACUCAUGAACAAUUACAAUCUUCAAAUAAUUUAGAUAAAAUAAAUUGGUCUAGUGAUUUACCACAAAAAUCAAAGAGAGUUGGUCGGCAUAUUAAGAAAUUUUUUCGUAGAUUAAUGACUAAUCCUAAAAGUCAAAUAGCAGAACAAAUUAAUUUAUUUAUAGAAUGUACAAAAGCAAGCAGUGAUCGUGGUCCAUAUCGAACAAUGCAAUCAAUUCGCCAAUUCAUCAAUGGUAUGACCAAUUAUCUCCUCAAGAAUCCAUAUCUUGGUCUUCCAAAAGCUGUUGAACGAGAGAAAAAGGAGUUAAAUGAAUUCGGAUAUGUAAAUGUUGGUUUUCAUUUAGAAUCAGCUUUACAACGAUAUAUCCUUAAACCAUUACAUCUUCAUGUGAUUAAACAAUUAGAACAGGAACAAAUAAAGAAUACGGAUCUCAGUAACUUACAAAUUAAAGUUCAAAAAUUAUGUGAUCCCGAAAUUCGAGCAUCAGAUCUUGGAAUACAGGCACCUAUCGCACCGCCAAAAGAAUCUCUUAUACAAUAUGUGGUCAAUGUUUAUUCACAUUUAGCAAAUACCUAUUCAGUUCAACGGAAAAUAAAUUAUCUUGUUUCCAUAUUUAAUUAUAUUCGAAAAAGUGUAAGUGAUUUGAAUAUUCCUUUAUUUUUAAUAUCUAUAUUAUCACUUUAUCAGAAAGUCCAUUCUCAUAUUAACACUCUAUAAAACGUUUCAUUAAUAAACGUUGAAUACUUGAAUAAGUAUAUUUAAAGUUAUUUGUAAAUCUC